UGAUGUUGUUUGUUGGGAGUUUCAUUGCCUCAAUUCUCAUUUUUCAGUUGAGUUCAGAUACCAUAACCAUACCAUACCAUACCAGAAAAUUAAACUGAAGUGAGAGAGAGAUGACAGUACUGUCUCCUUCUCUUUCUCGGCCUAAGUUGCAAUCUUCCUUUCUUUGUUGCCCUCUCAAAUAUUCUAAGCCUACAAAUAGAAAUAUUCAACCAAAACCCACUUCUUAUCCACGCAUUAGAGCUUUGGACCUUGAUCAAAACACGGUAGUGGCUAUAAGUGUAGGUGUUGUUAGUGUGGCUGUUGGGAUUGGCAUUCCAGUGUUCUAUGAAACCCAAAUUGAUAAUGCUGCUAAGCGAGAAAACACACAGCCCUGUUUCCCAUGCAAUGGAUCUGGCGCUCAGAAAUGCAGAUUUUGCUUGGGAAAUGGCAAUGUGACAGUUGAACUUGGUGGAGGUGAGGAGGAGGUGUCUCGAUGCAUAAAUUGUGACGGUGUUGGUUCAUUGACAUGCACAACUUGUCAAGGAUCUGGAAUUCAACCUCGUUACCUUGACCGCAGAGAAUUCAAAGAUGAUGACUGAGGCAAGCUAAGAAUAAGUGGUGCCGAUUUUGUAUCCAAGUAUGAGGUUAUUGUACUCGUGUAAUUUCUUUGAUCUGUGUACACACCUAAUACAACUGUCAAAAUCAUGUUGAUGCUUUCAUUUGGUUUACAUUUCAAUCGAUGAUCAUAUGAUAUUAGGCCACUCACUUUCGUUGCCUAUGUGUGUAAAAAUUUGACGUUUUCUAGGCAUUAAUUUAUUCAAUUGUUCAAUGUC